AUGCAUCAAUCACUCACCACAGUCCUGGCCCUUUGCCUGGCUUCCACCGCCAUGGCUAUGCCCCACAGCAACUUGUUCACUCGACAGACCUCCCCUGACGGAUCUUGCGGUGGUUCCACUGGCUUUGUUUGCGCGACUGGUUUCUGCUGCUCACAGUUUGGUUUCUGCGGUACCGGCCCCGAUUUCUGUGGCAGCAGCGGAGGUGGUGGCAGCACCGGCACCUGCUCAUGGGAAGGCCACUGCGCUGGUGCUUCAUGCAGCACUGAAAACGACUGCUCUGAUGACUUGACCUGCAACAACGGUGUCUGCGGCACUGCUGGAAGCGGCGGUAGCACUCCUCCUCCUCCUCCUCCUCCCACCGGUGGCGGCGGCGGCAUCACCUGUACCUCCAAGGUAUCCUACAGCGGUGAUGGCUCAACCGGUGCUGGCUGGCCUGCUCAGAGUGCCUGGGCCAGCUUCGACAACUUGUGGAAUGCCAACGUCAACGCCAUUAACGGCGCGUGCCAGAACAACGGCUGGGGCGUUCCAAACAACUCUCCCACUGAGACUUCGCAAAUCCAGGCCGCUAUCCUCAGCAUCUCAGCCUCAACUGGUGUCGAUUCGCGCUAUGUCUUGGCAACGGUCAUGCAGGAGAGCAAGGGAUGUGACGCCAACGGCACACACACCUGCUGGAUCAGCCCGGGCAACGGCAUCAACCCCUGCCCCCAAAGCCAGAUCCAAGGCAUGAUCCAGGAUGGCACUGGCGGCACUGCAUCCGGCUCUGGUCUGCAGCAGCUUCUGGCCAGUCUGAGGACUACUGGAGCCCAGCAAGUCUACCAGGCUGCUCGUCUUUACAACUCAGGUAGCAUCCCCUCCAACGGAGACUUGAGCGGACCUGGUGCUACUCCUUCGUACUCCUCGGACAUUGCCAACCGUCUGCUUGGCUGUGUUUUCUAA